UUUGUGAUCUCGCGAUAAUGGAAUUAGAAAAUAUUUUACAAGAAAUCAAUUAUUACGACGAUUUAGAUCAUUACGACGAUUUGUUAUGGCAAGAUGCGUAUCGUUUGCCAAAAGUUUAUAUCAGGGACGCCGAAAAUCGCUUUGAAAUGCGAGCGGAUCGGUUCCAGAAAAGAUACAGAUUCUGCCAAGAAUCUGUAUUGUUUAUAACAUCGUUACUGAGAAGUGACUUAGAAAAACAGGACAACAGAGGUCUACCGAUUGCUCCGGAAAUAGCAGUUUUAUUAACUCUGAGAUUUUAUGCUACAGCGUCAUUUCAGAUAGUCUGUGGAGACUUACUGCACAUAUCACAGCCUACCGCCUCAAAUAUUAUUACGAAGGUUUCAAAGUUGCUAGCUCAAUUGCAUACACACUACAUAAAGUUUCCCCGAGGAGCAGAGGCUAACAGAAACAGAGAAUUGUUUAAAGAGAUGGGUAGACAUGGACAGUGGCCUGGACUUCCCGGGAUCGAUGGAGCUAUUGACUGUACCCAUGUUAAAAUUGUAUCAACACCAGGGUGCCAGCACCAUGAAGUCUUUAGAAAUAGGAAAUCAGAUUUUUCUAUUAAUGUCCAGGUUGUUGCAGGGCCCCGCAGGGAAAUAUUAGACAUAGUAGCCAGAUGGGCAGGCAGCAUGCACGAUUCUAGGAUAUUUCAAAUGUCAUCAGUUUACAUAAAAUACACGCAGGGUAUUUUAAAUGGAAGACUUGUCGGAGACAAUGGGUAUCCUACACUACCUUUUGUUCUCACACCUAUAAGACCUGCCCCCGAAGAUGCUCCCUCAGUACGGUACAAUAGAGCUCAAAUAAAAACCAGAAAUGUUGUGGAAAGAACAUUCGGCAUUUGGAAGCGGAGAUUUCCCUGUUUAUCUAGAGGCCUAGGUAACAAACUGUCAACUGUUUCUCAUAUAAUUGUAUCAUGUGCGGUAUUACACAACUUGUCAUUAAUUUUAAAUGAUGUCAUGGUUUUUGAUGAGAAUCAGAAUGAUGAACAAGAAGAAACAGAUAGUUUAAUACCAAGCACUAGCACUGGAUUUUUAAAAUUAGAAAAUGGCCCCGAUUCCUGCAGACAUCUCUUAAUUUUACUUUAAGUUACACCUGUCAUUUUCUUAUCCGCCGAAAAGGAAAGGGACGGAUGAUUGACAGCUCUUAAUUUUAGGAAGAAUGAGUAAAUAAAUGAAUAACCCGGGCGAAUUUUUAGACGGUUGUUUUAGAUUUGUGCUUAAAAUUGACGUGUGUUCCAUAAAUUUUAUGCUUGUCGAUUACCCGUCCCUUUCCUUUUCGGCGGAUAAGAAAAUGACAGAUAUAACCUAAAAUAAAAUUAGAUGGUAUUUACAGGAAUUAGCACCAUUCAAUUGUUGAAAAUUAUUACCAAUAAUCUUUAUGAGCAGUGCUUUGUGAUUGAAUAGUAUUUGAAAUUAUUUAAUAAAACAUAUUUUAUAUAUUGA